AUUUAAAAGGUUUUAUCAGCUUGCUACAUUUUUGACAGUAUUGGUUUCCUCUUUUUACUUUUUGACAUCAUCAUCAUCGUUACUAUCGAUCGUCACCUUCAUUUAUGGCGAUGAUAAUGAGAUAGCCAGCCAGCAUUCUUCACGACACCCAGAAACCCAGUCCCAAAACUCAAAAAGUUAGCAAACAUAACCCAGUUUUGACAGAUCUAAUAUCAGAGUAAUGGACACUUCGUCGAGGUUCAACGACUUGAUCGGUCGGCGAUGGGCAAACAAGUUAAUAGGCGCAACUAGCUCGGUUUGAAUAUUCAUGCCGCGCCGCUGUAUCUUUCGGAUUCUUCGGCCCAAGAAGUGCUAUAAAAGCGGUGCGACCCCCAAAAGAUCCACACAGUCGAUGUGAAAGUGCGUGGGUGCAGAGAACUUGAGUGAAACCGAGGAUUGGACAUGAUUGGAUAUACGUUGCUGCUCCUGGGAUGUUUGGCGUUUGCGCAGGCGCAGACACUGAAUGACACAAGUGGCCUGGCUGUCCAGGAGCCUGGCCUGUGGCGCCAGGGAAGGCGGAGGAGCGUCUUGGCGGACAGCUGCGUCACCAACAGCGGCACCACCGGCACCUGCCUCACCCGCUUCAAGUGCAUGCGGCAGUCGGGCACCGUCAACGGGUACUGCGGCACCUACGGUGUUUGCUGUGAAACAAACCUACAAGUGGGAGCUUCUACGCGUCAGAAGCGAACUAUAAUCAAGAAUCCUACCACAAUAUCCAGCGAAUUGAAUACCUACACGAUCGAGGCCUUCAGCAGCAAUGUGCAGCAGUUGAGAAUAGAUUUUGAGCAGUUCGUGAUGCAGCAGCCCACCGAUACGGAUGGAGUUCUUGAGUGCCUGGACUAUUUCGAGGCGGGCGGCUUCAAGUUGUGUGGCGUGAACGAUGGCCAGCACCUGUACCUGCCCUUCAAUGCUGCCGCAGGCGUUGAUCAGGUGACCCUCACGUUUGCAGUGACCUCCACAGGAACCGCCCCCGUUUGGAGGCUGGUUGUGACCCAGCUGGAGGGCCCACCCGCGAAUAGCCGGCGGCGUACCAGCACUUCUGCCGGCUUGGGCACCUCCACCAAUUCUCUGCAGGAUCUGCGCGACAUCUUUGCCACACAUCACGCCGAUUAUGAGCUGCUGGCGCCGCCGGGAUGCCAACAGUACUACACGGAUUCAUCGGGCACCAUUCGCAGCUUCAACUUCCAGACUUCAGUGAUCAGCAACUAUAUGCCCGACUUGAGCUACAAUAUCUGCAUCAAGUCGGCGACCACCGCGAGUAUGAUUGAAUACUCCUUCAGCAAGUUCUCGAUGUCGGUGCAGUCGGAUACCAGCGAGGGCUACGACGAGUUCUGCCACGCCACUGUCCACACGUCCGGCAGGCAGGAGGACUACUUGAUGAUACCGCAGGGCAUUCUGGCCAAGAACAUGGCCUACCAGCCCACCUACUACUGCGGCACCAACGACAACCUGCUGGUGUACGCCUCGCCGCCCUAUUUGAUGCACUUCUCCAGCGAUGAGAUCACUUUGAAUCGGGACGUGGAGACGGGCUUCAGUAUGACGUACCGCCUGAGGAACUCGCUCCUUUAAAAGCAUGUACUUUGAAAUAAGUGGA